UCGCGCUCUUCUGUGGAUGCAAGCACCGUCCGAGCACCGGCACACGAACAGAAAACAAACCCAAACAAUGACAUUAUUUGCAACAACACGACAGAAUCACACCAUUAUCUGACAACUUGAAAUAAUUACGUGCCUCUUCUGCUCGCUGUUUGCCGCCUCAGUUCAGCACUGUGCCCAGAGGCUCGUGUAGAAUCAUGAUGCUCAGCAGCUCUGUGGAUGUACCCAGCCCAGGGGGGAUGAGCGCAGUGGCGGCCAGGAAUGUGGUGCGCAGUUCCAGCAUCAGCGGGGCCAUGUACAGUUUGGAGAAGAGCCCCAGCAGCACGGGGCCCGACGCCACAGGCCUGGUAGGAAACAAGAAGCGUCGCUCCAGUCUGGGAGCCAAGAUGGUGGCUAUUGUGGGGCUGUCACAGUGGAGCAAGAGCACUCUGCAGCUCAACCAGCAAGAUGGAGGGACAAAGAAGUUACGCAGCACCAUCAGGCGGAGCACAGAGACAGGUAUCGCUGUGGAGAUGAGGAACCGUGUCACACGACAGGGCAGUAAGGAUUCGACAGAUGGCAGCACCAACAGCAACAGCUCAGAUGGAACGUUCAUUUUCCCCACCACUCGUGUGGGCCCUGAGAGCCAGUUCAGCGACUUCCUGGAUGGCCUUGGCCCUGCCCAGAUAGUGGGGCGUCAGACAUUAGCCACUCCUCCAAUGGGUGAUGUUUACAUUGGCGUGGUGGAUAGAGGGGGUCAAUUAGAAGUUGAGAUCACACAGGCCCGAGGUUUGACCCCUAAACCAGGGUCAAAGAACAUUCCCGCCACGUAUGUAAAGGUGUAUGUCCUGGAGAAUGGAAUGUGUCUCUCUAAGAAGAAAACCAGAGUGGUGAAGAAAACCCUGGAUCCAACCUUCCAGCAAUCCCUGAUGUUUGAUGAGAGCCCUCAGGGGAAAGUGUUACAGGUGAUCAUAUGGGGCGACUACGGCCGCAUGGACAGCAAGUGUUUCAUGGGAAUGGCUCAGAUCCUCCUGGAUGAUCUCGACUUAUCGUCAAUGGUGGGCGGCUGGUACAAGCUCUUCCCUACUUCCUCUCUGGCAGACCCCAGCAUUGGCCCCCUGACACGCCGCCUCUCCCAGUCUUCACUCGAGAGCGCCACCAGCCCUUCGUGCACCUAAACCGCCAAGAGACCCAGCCGUCCACGUCCCCUCUAAAUAUGCCUGUGUUCUCUAUCUCUAUGUGUGUAUCUUUGUUCAACAUACCCCGCCAUACAGACCCCGAAGCAUGUACACACACUUUGAUAGAUGUAACCAACUCCUAUAUAACCGAUAUAUAACAGAAAUAUUCAGAGUUUGAUACAAAUCAGGCAUGACACACAGCUGACAUACACACUCAUAGAUGGAUUUGGGUGUAACUGAAUCAAUUUUGGCUAGUUACAUGCAGAUCCAUUGUGCGCCAGUCACAACAAACACUAAAACAGAGGCAUUCAAUAUUUAUAUUGAGAAUUGUUCCUCACAAUGUAGCAUUUGUGUUGGCUUCUUUGGCCAAUGCCACAAAGAGCAGAUGGGUUCUCCUAGACUAGUUGUUAUUCUAUAGGUUCUGGACCCUCGAGGGUUGACCAAUUCUCUAUGCCAAACCCGAUAAAAGUUUAUUUUUUAAAAACCAAAGCAAUUCUUAUUAUCUGUAGUGUCAUAUUAUAGAGUAUAGAUAUGUAGCAGAGUCAAUGACUUAGAAGAGAUGCAAAAAACAAAGUCGUAAAAGAAAAAAGUCAUAGACUACAUACACAACUAAACUUUUAAAGGGCAGAGCUCAACUCCACUUGUCAGGUUAUUAGAAAUGCACACAAUUCAUGUUGCAUAAAGUAGCGUUAAUUCUCUAUUUCUUUUUUCUGAGAGCUGAGUAAAUAAAGAUAUAGAUUGAUAUUUUUGUUUAUGUAUUUAUCGACUCCAUUCUGCACGUUAACUCACAACCCUUGUUGAACAAAAUAUAUAGUGCUAUUUUAAGCUUGACUUUAAAAAAAUUAUAUAGAAUUAUAGAGAGUAGGUUAUUUAUUUUGCUAAUGUUUCACUUUUGGUUCUGAAUAACAAACUCGGUCAAAGGGAAUCUAACCCUCUCUGUGUAACGGAGAACCAGCUGUCCAGUUAAACCAGCAACCCUCUUUUCCAGCUGCAUUGUGCGAUUGACAGAAUGAAAAAGGUGGGUGUCGGCUGUCAAACAAGAAACUUUUCUUGUAGCAUGUACUGAAACGAAGAUAUCUGGGAUGUGUUGUCCUGAAGUGGAACUUAGUUGAGUUUAAUGGAGCAGUUCUAGACUCUUGGGCUUCUUUCUACCAGCAUAUGGAUCCAACUCAGGAGGUGACCACUGAACAAAUACAACCUACACAACAAUAUAAGGACUGUCGAUGGUGUCGCUCUCUCAACAGGAUCUUAAAGCCCAGAACAAAUCAUAUUCUUUAUAAUCUCUGACAUUUUUCUUUUUCAUCAAGUUAUGAACUUUGCCAUUGUGAUAACUCCUGCCCAAUCUGUUGUCUUCUUCAGGGUCCAGCCGUCCACUCUGAAGCAGGCCAGUAGUAGGAUGCGAUCUUUGGGGGUGCAUUUUGAUCUUUAGGUUGGGCAAGUGCUUGUCUCCUCAUCAGACCGGGGUAGGGGGGCCCCCUUGAUCCUUUCGCUAUCCAGUGGUAACUGGAGUGCAAUACCCCCCUAGCCCCCUCUUAAGCAUAUAAAUGCCCAUGCUCUAAAGCCAAAUGGCUCUUUAAAUGGCUUCUUCUGUCAAUCUUUGGUAUUACAGAGACUCACUCAAGAUGUAAAAGAAUGUACCACACUCCUGGCAGUUAAAGAUAUAGGACUGGCCCAACCUCCUCUGCAAGUCAUUCUUCUGAUGCUAAAAAGGGCACAUUUAUAUUUAUUUCCAUAUUUCCUCUGAAAUUAUCUAUUGAGCAGAAAAAGACACCUUACAUAUCAGUGUUUCUCAUUCUGUUCCAACUCAGUCUGUACAAUUGUUGUCUUAUUCACGUUCCAUGUCAAAUUUCCAUUUAUCUUCUGCAGAGAAGAUGGGAAAAAACACUCUGAUAGGUGAGAGGUGAGCUUCACAAGAGCAAUCAUUGCCAAGUCAUUUAAGAUGUUUGUGUAAUUCAUUCUGAAAACUAUAUUGUUCUGAUUGGGACUUUUUAUGGAGGGCUGCCUAUCACAAGUGCACAAACUCUAACAGUUGAUUGAUGUCAUGAUUUGCAUGCAAAAAUUCAGUGUCAGGAUAGUGUACCUUAUAAAGCUGCUUUUUAUGACUUAGUGAGACCAUGAGCAAACCAUUACAUCUGAUCAGAGUUGGGUAAGUUAGUCAAAGAAAGUAUAAUCCACUACAAAUUACUUAUUACCUCUCUUAAAUUGUAAUAAGAUUACUUUUCUGAUUACUUCAUUGAAAAAGUAAUCACAAUAAUAAUUACUUUAAAGUUAGAAAUACUGUAUGUGUAACCAAAAAAUGUACUUAAAAGUAAUUAAAUUUAUUAAAAGUCAGUAACUGUAAUCUGAUUGCAAGAAUUUUAAAGUGUUACACUACUUUUUUUACUAAAAAGUAAUCAUAUUUGUUGUAACUAAUUACUUUGUAAUUAGAUUACACCCAAACCUGCAUCUGAUUUAUCAUUUUGGAUCACAACAUUUUAAGUAAUUUUUUCCCCAACAUUUUUAAGUAUUUUCAGUAUGGCAUUUUGUACAGACUGCAAAGUUGUUUUUACAUCUGUCUUUCUAUCAGCUAAUGUUACCACUACCCUGAUCAAGGUGUACAGCACAGAGUAUUUUAACAGGGUAUUUUCCUUGGAGGUUAAUUCUAAUUAUCUGUGUAAGAAAAUGUCACAUUUGCUGAAUAUGUAACUGUUGCAUGGGGGUGUGGUCAUGUGUCGUUCUGCGGGAGAGGGAGAGCGGUAAGGAUCGUCACCUGGGUUAUGAUUACUCUAACACCUGUCUCUGAUUAUAGUGAUGGCAGAGGGAGACCUGAAA